CCCCACGUGACAUGGAGGAGGCGGGGACGGGAAGGGAAAGGUCAGCGGCGACGGCGGCGGCGGGGGGAGCGGAAGGUCAGGGCGGCGCGGAGCGGAAGUGGGAGCCGGAGCCUCGUCCGCCAUUGUGGGGAAGCGGAGCCCGGAGCAAGGGGGGGGAAGCGGCGCUGCGUGCGGCCGGCCGGCUCCUUCCAGCGGGAACCCGAUCGGCGGCGGCAGCGAGCCCAGGCGGCGGCGGCGGCGACGACAAUCAGGCGGCGGCGGUGGGGAGGAGGCGGCGGAGGCGAGCGAGCGGCCCCGGCGUGCGGAAUCACUCGAGGCCCAGGCGGAGCGGAGCGAGGGGAUCGCGGCUCCCCGUGAAGAAUGUCAGCCACCAGCGUCGACCAGAGACCUAAAGGACAGGGAAAUAAAGUUUCAGUACAAAACGGUUCGAUUCAUCAAAAGGAUGCAGUAAAUGAUGAUGAUUUUGAGCCAUAUCUAAGUAGUCAGACAAAUCAGAGUAACAGCUAUCCACCAAUGUCAGACCCAUAUAUGCCUAGCUAUUAUGCUCCAUCCAUUGGAUUUCCAUACUCUUUAGGUGAAGCAGCAUGGUCAACUGCAGGUGACCCUCCAAUGCCAUAUUUGACAACUUAUGGACAGAUGAGCAAUGGUGAACACCAUUACAUACCUGAUGGUGUAUUUAGUCAACCUGGGGCAUUAGGAAAUACCCCUCCAUUUCUUGGGCAGCAUGGAUUUAAUUUUUUUCCUGGGAAUGCAGACUUCUCUACAUGGGGGACGAGUGGAUCUCAGGGACAAUCAACGCAAAGCUCUGCUUAUAGCAGCAGCUAUGGCUAUCCACCUAGUUCUCUUGGGAGAGCCAUAGCAGAUGGACAGGCUGGAUUUGGCAGUGAUACUCUGAGCAAGGUGCCUGGGAUUAGCAGUAUUGAGCAAGGCAUGACUGGACUGAAAAUCGGUGGAGAUAUGACGGCUGCUGUAACAAAAACUGUAGGUUCAGCUCUGAGCAGUACAGGUAUGACAAGCAUUGCAGCUAACAGCGUGCCCCCAGUUAGCAGUUCAGCACCUAAACCAACCUCAUGGGCUGCAAUUGCAAGGAAACCUGCUAAACCUCAGCCGAAACUCAAGCCUAAAGGUAAUGUGGGCACUGGGGGCCCUGCUGUACCGCCACCACCCAUAAAACACAACAUGAAUAUUGGAACUUGGGAUGACAAAGGGUCAGUGGUAAAAGCACCCCCAGCUCAACCAGUACUGCCUCCUCAGACUAUAAUCCAGCAGCCUCAGCCAUUAAUUCAACCACCACCACUGGUGCAAAGCCAACUGCCUCAACAGCAGCCUCAGCCACAGCAACCGCAACAGCAACAAGGACCUCAGCAGCAGGCCCAGCCUCACCAGUUGCAGCAACAACAGCUGCAAAACCGCUGGGUAGCUCCUCGUAAUAGGGGUGUGGGCUUCAGCCAGAACAACGGAGCUGGUAGUGAGAACUUUGGUUUAGGUGUUGUAUCUGUCAGCUCCUCACCUUCUGGUGUGGAAGUGCACCCAGUGCUGGAGAAACUAAAGGCCAUAAACAACUACAAUCCCAAAGACUUCGAUUGGAAUCUGAAGAAUGGACGUGUGUUUAUAAUCAAAAGUUAUUCAGAGGACGAUAUUCAUCGCUCCAUUAAGUACUCUAUCUGGUGUAGUACUGAGCAUGGGAAUAAGCGCUUGGAUGCUGCUUACCGGUCCCUGAAUGGAAAAGGCCCACUCUAUUUACUCUUCAGUGUGAAUGGCAGUGGACACUUUUGCGGAGUGGCUGAGAUGAAGUCUGUUGUGGACUACAAUGCAUAUGCUGGUGUCUGGUCUCAGGAUAAGUGGAAGGGGAAGUUUGAUGUCAAAUGGAUCUUUGUCAAAGACGUUCCCAAUAACCAACUGCGACAUAUUCGCUUGGAAAACAAUGACAACAAACCAGUUACCAAUUCGAGGGACACUCAAGAGGUACCCCUAGAAAAAGCCAAGCAAGUGCUUAAAAUAAUUGCUACUUUCAAGCAUACCACCUCAAUCUUUGAUGACUUUGCACAUUAUGAGAAGCGUCAAGAGGAGGAGGAAGCCAUGCGUAGGGAGAGAAAUAGAAACAAACAAUAACUAUAUGGAGAUGUCCUGCUAGAAUACAACACUAAUGAUGUAGACUCUGGAAAUGCCUAAUAUGUCUAAGAAGACGUUAUUAAAGCUUUUUUCUGCUUAAGGUGACAUCUUUGAACACUUUAACACGAAAUUGACUCUUCUUGUAAUGGUUCUCAUCAGUGCAUCUGCCCUUAUACUCUCUCACCAAACACACUUGAGAACUGUACCUUCGUCAAGCACUUUCUGUCCUGAAGCUUUUACCAGUAUCUGCUGUCUUUUGUAUUUAUGCAUCCUAGCUAAGGCACAGGAGACCGAACGAAUGCAAGGAUUCAUUAACUCUUUGAAUUUGUUAAAUACUAACAUUUAACCAUUAGAAGUGGUUCAAUGAUGUGAGAUUCACAUUGCUUCAACUUAAUUUUUUCUUUGUUGUAGUUUUUUUAAUUGUCAGUUUUUAGCUAUUCAACAGAUUAAAAGCAAAUCAUGCCAUAUUUAGUCCUGGAGUAAAACUCAAGUCUAAAUGUUCAUGUGAAAAUUAUUGUAGUAAUCUUUUAAUAUGGCAAAGCAACUUUAAGCUGCAGUUUAGCCAAAUGAAUUGUAACAUGAAAUUAUAAUAGAAUGACAUUUCCCUUGUUUCAAACUGUUUGGUGUAAGAGAAUAUUAAUAUGCAGCUUGGUGGACACCACCAGUUAAUGCACAUUUCUUUAUUUUUUUUCUGUAACAUGUAUACUGAAAAAAAGUGCAUUUGUCUGAGGAACUGUUUGUUUGCUACCACUCAAUGAAUCUCAGUUUUGAGUAAAUGUACCUCAGUCUAAAUCAGACUUUUUAUGACCUUUAUAACUACAUUUAAAAUAAUCUUUAAUUCCUAUUUCUGGGUGUUUGCAAGCCUGACAGAUUGCUAUCAUGAAAGUGAAAAUUUACUCCUCUAGGUGAUUCACUAGCUAAAUAAACAUAAUUCUUGUUUAGCAAGCAUAUACUCUGUUUCUCAAAUUUUUUUGUUUCAUUGUGCCAACAUUGAGGUGUUUUUCCCCAUUUGAAAAUAUUUUGAGAAAAAUACUUUGGUCCAUGGAGUUGACAUGUUGAUAACCAUGUUGAGAUGAUUUUUGUUAGAACCAUGCAACAAGAGUUAUAGAAUACAUAUUAAAUGUGCCAGCUCUAUAGUAAUUUUUAACCUCUAAAGAGUAUAUCUUCUGCUUCAAUCAGUAUAGCAACACAUUCUCUCUGCUGGAAGAGAGUAUUGAAAAACUUAAGAGGGUGUAUUGACUGUACAAAUUACUGAACAACCUGUACCAAACUCCAGGGAUAGCUUUCCCUUUUUAGAGCAGCGAUGUAGAAGUCAGAUAUCUUAUAGCUUAAAAUAGCAGUAGCACAUAUUAUUUGAGCAUGUUUCAUAUCUUACUGUCCAACACAGAUGUUUAUAUUGUGUUUCAAGUCCUUUAUUUACAUAUUUUAGCAGUCAAAGUUCUGGAGCUUAAGUAGCAAGGGUUUGUCUUUAAUACAGAUGAUUUUGCUGGCUUUCGCUUUCUCUCUUCUUAAGCCCUUUGCACUCUUGCAAUCAUGCAAACACAAGAAGCUCAGUGCACACUUCUUACUCAUUGUUUUAAAUAUUGUUAAGAGACUGCAGAGUAGCAGAUACGAAUCUUAAUUUUUACUGCCAGUUAUCUGGAAGCUCGAAAGGGAGGCUACUCCUGAAUUUUGGAGUAAAGAUACCAUGUCAGUUAAAUGUUAGUGUGUCAUAAAUAGCAAGUGGGAUAAGGGAGGGAUAAGCCAAGUGCAUAUUGUAAGUCAAGACUAGGAGACAAAGGUUUCAAGCCCAAUCCCUAUGAAAUUUGGCUUCAGCCCAAAAAUUACUGCUUCCAUGUGUAUCUGUUUCUUACUAACAGGUUUUAGAGCUAUUUGUUUCCCUCUGUGGGCUAAUUUAUUUGAGCUGUCAUUGAUCAGCUGAAGUGGCAAAGGUCAGUGUAGUGAGUCCAAAGGAUGUAAGUUCGUCUGUGAUCUCUCAAGGUAUCAGCAUGUUUCUUCUUCUUUGUUACAACAAUAUCUUACAAAAAUUCCCAGAAGUUCCCAGUUACCAGAAAGCUAAUGUUGGAGUCAAGUGUUCAGGAACUGAUUGCAUGUGCAACCCUAGUUUGCUUUCACUGCAGUAUUCACAUUUUUGCAGGCUUUGUUAAUAUUACCUGCCUUACCCCAUGCCUUUUUUAUUCUAAUAGCAUGAACACUGCUCUUAUAUUGAAUCAGGUUUAGCAUCAAGUGGGUUCAUCGCUCUGUUGCAGGCUUUGAAAGCUGGAAAGAUGAGACAGGAUUGUGAGAGAAGGAGGUGAUCACAUUUAGAGAGCUGUGACAGUUCUUACACUGUUUCAGGAUUGUUAGCAAAUCUACAAAUAGAAGAGUUUGAUUGCUGAUGGUGUUAGUCAUGUUGUGACCAAUUUGCUGAGAGUUUAGUAUGUGCAGCUGAAAUUAAAAGGAAUUCUAUGUGCAUAUAAAGUACUGUAAAAAUAGUAUAUAACAUUGUAAAAUCAGCUGUGGAGUGCUGUAUUAGUUAAUGGACAUGUGAAGCUUCUAAUCUUCAGCUUCCUUAUGCACAAGUUCUUUUCCUCCAGAAAGAAAAGGAAUGGUGCUUAUUAUCUCAAAUAAAUGUAGAAAUGCCUUUUUUUGGUCUGAUUUUUCAAUAUGGUGAAGGUUUUACAAUGCUUGCUUUCUAACUUGCUAAUGGAGGAGUCAGUGGAACCCCUUUACUGUUCCUGAUGCCUCCUCCUUUGUGCCAGUCUUUGUUUUCCUGUGAUUCAAACUGAGCCAGUUCAAGCCAUUUUCUGCUGCUUUAAGGGUUUUCUAGUUCUCUGUGAUUUUAUCUGUUUAGAAGGGAGAUGGUGGGAGGGUAAAAAAGAGAUUUGUUCUUUCAGAAGCAGGUACCCACUGUUGAAUUGCUUAGCUGCACUAGAACUACACAUCUGGCGUUGGCGAGACAGAGGUGCAGUAGAAUAUUUAAAAGUGGGAAAGGUUCCCCAGGGGGGAAAAAAAAAAAAUCAAUUCUGUUUCCAGUGCAAGAUUUUGGUAGUGUACAAGUGAGAUAUGAUGUUGUCAUAUAUUUAGUGAUACAAGGAGGAGGGAGUAAAUGCUGAGUAUUCUCCAUUUUGAUUACUUCUUCCAGUCUGAGGAGGCCUAAGAGUUGCCAUAGAAAAUUGCUUUGGAAAAGCUUGUCCUACCAACACAAGUGGGAAAAACUAAGAUUGUAAGAGUUUUGCUCACCUUUGAGCAUCUGACUUUGUAACAUCAGCAUCUUUCAUGUAGUGUUUUUGAUAAUUGACAGGAAUAAUUUCUGUCAGUUGAGCGUGCACAUUGCUUGCUUAAGAAAAACAUGAGCACUACUUUAUUUUGAGGGACUUGGAUUGAGAAAAAGUCAAUAUUCAUAACUAGACAAAUUUUAUUUCUUCAGGUAUUUUGUUAUUCUGUGCUUAAUUUAUGAAGUACUGACUUCUCGACAUCCUCUUUCUGCUUUUUUUCUUUUUGGCUACUCUGGCAGUUUCAAUGUUCACUGUCUGCAAAAUGUAGAUGCAUGCCAAAAUUAUUCUUAUUCCAGAUAAAUCUAUGGCACCAAACAAAAGAUAAGUCGAGGUCAAGUGCAGAUAAUGUAAUAUUUGGGAGGAAGCAUCUUAAAUAUUUUUCAUUGUUUAGUCAAGUUCUAUUUUGAAGUUGCUUUCUAUUUCAUAGGAGAAUUAGCACACUCAAAGUAUAUUUACAGAAUGGGUCACAUUGGAAGGGACCACAGUGGGGACAUCUGGUCCAACCAUCCUGUGUGAUCAGGGUCAACCUAGAAAAUUCCUAAUUAAAUCAAUGUGUUUUUCCUAGCUGAACCUGAGUUGAAGCAACAGUGUUUUGAAUUCUUUAAGUCACAGUUACCUUAAUUUUUCAGAAUUAUUGGUGACUUUCACCAGGAUUUCAUCUUCAUCUGAGUCUAGUGCAGUGAAAAUCCAGUGGAGACAGUUUUUGAAUUUUCUCCAGCACUUUUUAAAAAAUUAAUAAUUCUAGGCAUUCAAAUGCAAACCCCCUUUAGUAGUGGCUUUGCAAAGCCAUUUCUACUAAUUUUUCUUUCUAUUUAGUUAAGGAAAUACACAAAGAUUUUCAGUAUCUUGUUUAUCCUUUUGUUGGGUGAAGAGCCAUGUAAUUUACUGAUAAAUCGAGAUCAAGAGAGUGGUUCUUUCGCAUCUAGGUGUAGCAAACUGCAAACUUGGUUUCAAUUUUGGGUUUGUUUUGGGGUUUUUUUUUGUUGUUUUUUUUUUGUUUGUUUGUUUGUUUUGUUUUGUUUGUACCAUUACAGUGUGGUGACAUAGAUGAGUUCUUUAACAUGAGAGUUGACCAUUGGAUCUUAUUUAAUAUGUUUAAAAGUUUCCUCAGAAGAAACCUGUUCACAUCCUUUGUUGUUCUAUUUUUCACCUGAUACAUUUAGUGUAGUUCAGCAUGGGAGAGGAAAGAAUUUCUCUGUGGGUCAUAGGAAUUCUAAUUAGUUUGGUCUCAUAUACAAAUACUGGUGUACAGCUGGCAGACUUUCCUCAAAGCAUCUAUUCUAUUCUGUCUGUUCUACUUUACAUAUUUUAAUAAAGUGCAUUUUAAUAUGAUGAAUAUGAACUUUCAGUUCACAAAUUUAAAUUUGUAUCUAGUCCAGGCUUUCAACAUUUCUCUUCUCAUAAUGAUAUGAAGCAUUCUUAUUAAUGAUACUGUUGAUGUCCAGGGUUCUUUAAGCAAAAUAAUAAUAAAAUUUGCUGCUUAUUAAUAUUAGGAGGUGCCUAAUGUUUGUGUUAUCUUUUAUUUUCUCUCUUUGUCCUACCUGCAAGUGAAAAUGCAACAAACAGGCGUCAUUGACCAGUUGGAUGUCUUCUCCAAUCAAUUUAGCUAUGUGUUUACCAAUAAACUUGUUCUGCCACACUGCAGGCAGAGUGCAGAUGGGUGGGUCUUCAUGUUCUUCCUCCAGCAGUCAAUUCUCAGUUAAAUGAUCCAAGAGGCAGUGGAUUUCUUUAUCCCAUCUAAGUAAGCAUUCCUUUCUAGUUUCCUACCCUUUCUGUGAAAACUCCACUGGGUAUGUCUGCCAGCUGUUGCCUUUGAAUGUCCAUAAGGGAAGCCUGACUUUGGAUCCUGUUUUCAUAAUCUACAAAAAAGUUCCUGACUUCACUAGUUUCUUUCUCUGGAGAGAGGAAGUCUUCUGACUGAGUUUAGCUUGUCUCAGUCUGCCUUGUUUGCUCCAAUGUGGAUAGAGAAAUACUGCUUUUAUAACUGGAUUCAUUCAGCCUCCUAUGUGGUGUAUGCCAUUUUUUAAAGUUAACUGCAGCAUUUUCCUUCAUAAGGUGGAAACAGAUACAGUAUUUCAUUGGAAUUUAAGGACAUGGUAGUUAAAAUACAAGGGUCCACUUUUAAGUGUUCUUCUGAGGUUCAGUGCUGGUGAUAACCAAAGUGUUCACAGUAAGAGUUUAUAAGCUGUUUGCAUAUCCUGUGUGCAUUUGCAGUUGUCAUCUUAACAUCCUUUGCCUGUUAAAUUAGUUUGUAACUCUUGAGAAACCUAACUUUUUUAUUGUUGCUUUGAAUAUCAUCCACUCUGGCAUACCAUAACUUUUCAUCUGCCUGCACAAGUUUAUGUGCAUCUUGGGAAUGACGUGGAUGUUCAUGUGAAAUGAAAUAAGAUACUCUAGAUCAAUGACUGUAUUUAAGUUGAACUUUUGGACUUCCAAAUGUACAAGCUCUCUUGAUUUGUGCCCUCUUAUGUAAAGCAUUACACUUUCAUCUUGAGCUCUGAAUUUACACAUCCUUUCUUUCCUGUUCUGCAAACAUCUGAAAGAACCUCAGAUGUUAGAAAAAGUAAUUCUCCCUUCAUGCUUAGUCCAGGAAUAAGAAUUUCCAAACUAAGCAUUUCAGCAAGCUAAAUGGAGGUUUAGCUUUAGUUUGAGCUAAGCUAUUACAUUUCAGCAAAGAGGUGAGAUUAAAGGUUGUGGAUCAUUCAUUACCUACUGUAAUUGUAUAUCUACUAUUAAAAAAAAAAAGCUGAAAUUUUAUUUUGCAAGCAUUAAUAGAUGCAGCUGCUGUUCAGUGUUACCCAAGAAUCCUAACAGGAUUUGCAUCAGUUUGGAUUAGCAGCUUUGUGAAAUAGAUGGUGAGAGCGCUGGGAUCUCUUCUUACAGAAGUAAAGAAUAGUUAAAUUGGUUAAAAUUCAGAUGUUUGCGGUGUGUGACUGGAAUACAUUGGAUGUUAAAUCUAACCCUCUGGAAAACAUGGCUACUAAAUGUUUAGCAUAAUUUUUUUUUAACUUAAAUUGACUACCUGUUUGUUUUCAGCUGCUCAACUGAUUUGCAGCUCAGUUCUCAUGAGAUGCUUCACUGGGUCUUGUGAGUGUGGUGCUUCAUCAGAAUAUGUAUAAAACUGUAUUUAAUUUUGUCAAGUUAAUGUAAUUGCUAUUAACUUGAUCUGUAUUCCAUCCAACUUCAUAUUUGAUGAUAAUGCUUGGUCUUUCAGUUGUAUUGAUCUUUAAUUUCAAGAAUAUCACAUACAGAACAAUUCAGAUAAUUUUUUUAGUUACUGAAAUUUAUGCUUAUUUUAAAUGUUAAUAAAUAACUGUCAUUAUGC